UGAGUGUGUUUAAUUGUGUUCUUCCCUCCACCAACUCCUUUUCGUGGCCUUUUCGCUCCCCAUCAUCAACAAAUCACACUCCCACCGCACACAAUGGCUAUUCACUACUUGAUUCUCCUCUCCCGUCAGGGCAAAGUGCGCCUGGCCAAAUGGUUCACCACUCUUUCUCCCAAGGAGAAGGCCAAGAUCAUCAAAGAUGUGACCCAACUUGUCCUGUCCCGUCGGACAAGGAUGUGCAACUUCCUCGAGUAUAAGGACAGCAAGGUUGUUUACCGCCGUUAUGCUUCCCUCUUUUUCAUCGCCGGAUGCGCUUCGACCGACAACGAGUUGAUCACCCUCGAAGUCGUGCAUCGUUACGUCGAGCAGAUGGACAAGUAUUACGGUAACGUCUGCGAGCUGGACAUUAUUUUCAACUUCCAAAAGGCAUACUUCAUCCUGGACGAGCUACUGUUGGCGGGAGAGAUGCAGGAGAGCAGCAAGAAGAAUGUUCUCCGGUGCAUCAGUCAACAGGACAGCCUGGAAGACAUGGAGGUGAGUUAUUGACCGCCGUAUCUUGCUUAGAAGUUCGCAUAAACGAUGGUAGGGGUCUGAGGGUACUAUGAUCGGAUGUGAUCGUAUCCAUCGUCAGAGCUCUGCCGAGGUUGUUUUAGUCUGUUCUUUUGUGAUGCUCGGUCCUCUUUGCUGCCCCUUGUUUCUUGGGCUUGUGGUAUCUUAUGCGCGCGUUGCUCUUCCGCUCCACUUUGCUAUAUAUCACCCAAUUGUUUUGCCUGCAAUCCUUUUUGCCACCGCGGUCGUUUACUGCGUCUCGUUGAGGAAGAUGUGGUUACGAA